AUGACUAGUACUAUCAACUUUUCGGACGUUUACUCUUACGACCAAAGACACUCCGACAGUCUUCCUCAAAUGCUGUUGUGGGGCAACCCUCAGUCCUUUUACCCGCCGCAAUACUCGCUGCCGAUUCCCGACUCUAUGCUCGAUCAAUACUCCUGCGCUCCCAACUUUUAUUCACAGUCAACCUUCCAGAAUCUCCCGAUCAACCAGUAUUCGUAUCAGUCUCCGUACCAUCAUGCGUCGCAGUCGCUCUUCCACUAUGGCCAGGGAGGCGUCCAAGGUGGAGCAUGGUCUCCGGCUUAUAGCGAAGACCUCAACACAGGGCUUACCACCGACCUCACGUCUUACCAGAUGCCGGGAAUGUACGGUCAAGUGGUGGACCAAGCUCCACCUAUGAGUGACUCGACAGACUCGUCUGAUAGCCCUCAGCAACUUCUAUUGGUGGAGGCAGGAAGCACAAGGACCGCAUCACCAGCGGGCAUAGGGACCGCCCAGGACCCGAUCACCUAUACGUGCGACGCCCUGUGCCAAACGCAAGAACGAGGCAGGCAGAGCGCACUUGUGUCGAGCCUCAAGAACAAGCCGAGCUCGAUGAAAGUCAGUCUUCGAUUUGUGAUCGAGAGCCCUGUGGGCCAGGAGGCAGAUCGGGAGACGAGUCGAGAGGUUCAGCCCGACGGACCUGCCCAGCAGCCGUGGGAACAAGCCGGCCACAAAUGGAUAGCUCUACAUUUGUUUCAUGGCCACAGCUCCAAACUCCACGUCGAUACUACCACCAUUCUCCUCAACCUCCUUGGUCAGACUGGAGACGACACUCGCAAGGCUGUGUCGGCCAUCACCAUCACCAAUUACGUCAAGGCUACCUCCUCGCCUUGCAUAAACUUGUUGCCCGACUGCCGCAACAUCCAGAAGAUCAACACCAUCGGCGGCCCGCCUGCCCCCAGCCAACGUCCAUGCCGCCGAUGUACGCGCGAUUAUCCCUUUGCUCCCACUGCUCCUGCCUCUUACGUCAUCCUUGUGGUUCAUCAUGCCAACUUGCUUUCCUUUGAUUAG